AUGGAGAUUGUAAUUUCUUUGAUCAUAUUGUUCGCGGGGAUUUCUAUUUUGGUGGUGAUCCAUGUCUGCAUAGUGGGAAGGGCUUUCAGAGGGGAAAAUAAUGAUGGUCAUAACGAAGGUACACAAGGGCAGAACAACAACAGUGGCAUGAAAAGAAUGUUUGGUGGUGACAACAUUGGUGAGCUGAAGAACCUUCCUUGCUUUGAUUAUGAGGAGGGAGAGAGCCUCGUGGAUUGUGCUGUUUGCUUGGAGAAUUUCAAGGUUGGUGAUGUCUGCAGGUUGUUGCCAAAUUGCAGCCACAGCUUCCAUGUGCACUGUAUUGACUCCUGGAUACUCCAAACACCCUUUUGUCCCAUUUGUAGAACAUGGGUUCAUUCACCUGGGAUGGAACAAAGUUCUGUUUCUCAAAAUGUAGAAAUUGAAACUGUGUAG